GCAUCAACAUUUAAGAGUUCAUUGUUUGGCUUUUGAUACUCUCCUUCUAUUCGAUUAUCUCAAAAGCUUUACUCUUCACUACCGGCGAAUGAUUAUGCAGUGCAUUUUUUAUCUGUAAGAGACGGAACAAAAUCUCAAAGAAGAAAAACGUAAGAGAAAUGGUCGUGAACUUUGUUCUUCCUGUAGUAAUGAAGAUUGGAGAAUAUCUGGUUGCCCCAGCUGGCCGCCAGUUUGGUUAUUUGAUUUUCUAUGAAAGAAACAUUAAGAAUCUGGAGAAGCAGGUCCAAAAGCUAGAAGAUAAAAGAUCUGAUAUACUAAGAGAAGUUGAUGCAGCAAAAAGUCGAAGUGAUAGUAUUAAAACUACUGUUGAACGGUGGUUGACACAGGCGGACGAACUCAGCAAUGAUGCCAACAAAUUCUUUGAAGAUGAAGUCACACCGAACAAAGAGUGUCUGAAUGGGUGGUGUCCAAAUCUGAAGUCACGCUACUCACUGAGCAGGAAAGCUACAAAGAAAACUCAAGGCUUGGAAGAGCUAUGUGGGAAAGGAAAUUUCUCUGGAGUUUCCAUCCCUGCAGUUGCAUCUCAUGUGGGGACAACAUUCAUAUCCAUGGGAGGAUUUAAGGGGUUUGAAUCUAGAAGGUCGAUUAUGAAUGAAGUUAUGGAGGCACUGACAGAUGAUAGUAUCUAUGUGAUUGGGAUAUGUGGGAUGGGAGGGGUUGGUAAGACAACUAUGGUGAAAGAAGUUGCGAAGAAAGCAGAAGAAAAGAAAAUGUUCGAUAUUAUUGUGAUGGUAGUAGUGUCCCAAAACCAAAACUUGAUUACUAUUCAAGACCAAAUAGCCAAAAUAUUGGAUUUACAAAAUUUUGGGGGAAACAAUUUACCUACUGGAGCAGGGAAGAUACGAUCAAAAAUAUUGAGCUUUGGAAGAGUCCUUGUAAUAUUGGAUGAUGUAUGGAAGAGACUAGAAUUGGAUGACAUUGGAAUUCCAUUUGGAGAUAAUCACAAGGGUUGCAAAAUUGUGAUGACUUCAAGAAGUGAAGAUGUAUGCAACGGAAUGGACACACAGAAGAAUUUUGAAGUUGGUGUCUUACAUGAAGAAGAAGCAUGGAAUCUCUUCAAGGAGAUGGCUGGAAUUUCUGACGAAGGUACAAGUCACCCAACUAAUUUACAGUUGACGCAGAUCGCAGUUGCGGAGGAAUGUGGAGGCUUGCCGAUUGCUAUUGUUACAGUUGGGAGGGCACUUAGAUGCAAAAACAAGUAUUCAUGGGAUUCUGCUCUUGAACAAUUACGAAAGUCUAUGGUCAAAAACAUCAGUGGAGUGGAUGAAAAGGUGUUUAAAUCUCUGGAGUUGAGUUAUGAUAAGCUUGAAAGUGAUGAAGCCAAGAAAUGCUUUCUACUCUGUUCUUUAUAUCCGGAAGAUUUUGAUAUUCCAAUUGAAUAUCUUGUUAGAUAUGCGAUUGGGAUAGAGUUGUUUCAGAGCAUUGACAGUGUGCACCAAGCAAGAAACAGAGUAUAUUCCACAGUUGAUAACUUAAAAAAAUGCUAUCUAUUGAUGGAAAGUGAAAAUGAAGAGUGUAUCAAAAUGCAUGAUGUAGUACGUGACGUGGCUAUAUCAAUUGCAUCUAGGGAGGAGCAUUCGUUUUUGGUGAGAUGUGAUGAAGUAUUGACAGAAUGGCCCCAGAAAAGCCGACUUCAAAAAAACACCGUAAUUUCAUUGAAAGUUAAUGGUAUGUACUGGCUUCCUAGUAAUUUAGAAUUUCCAAAUCUCCAGCUUCUACAGCUGGAUUGCAAUGCUGGAUUACCAACAAUCUCAUCAUAUGAUCUCAACAAAGGGAUGGAGAAGGUCAAAGUACAAGAGACCCCAGAUAGUUUCUACAAAGGAAUGAAAGAACUUAAAGUGCUAGCUUUAUCCGAUAUGUACAGCUCAUUGCCAACAUCAAUUCAAUGCUUGACCAACCUUCGAACUUUGUCACUUUUUUGUUGCCGACUUAUUGAUGAUGAUAUCUCUAUAAUCGGAGCAUUAGAGAAUUUGGAAAUUUUGAGCUUUGCCGUCUCUUAUAUCAAGGAAUUGCCAAAAGAAAUAAUAGGUCACCUUGCUCAUUUGAAGGUACUUGAUUUGUCGGGAUGUGUAGUGGAACUGGUUUACCCAGGGGUUUUGUCAAGCUUAUCAAAGCUAGAAGAGUUGUAUGUUGGGUCUAGUUUUCAUAGUUUUUGUGAAAAAAACAAAGAAGGUGCUAAAGCAAUUAUCGAUGAGCUGGCGUCCUUGUCCAAUUUAGUCGCUUUGGAUAUUGCUCUAAUAGACAUUGCCUUCUGGCCGAGAGGUUUGGUCGUUGAGAAGGUAAAAAAGUUUGAUAUAACUGUUGGCUCUAACUCAUCAUUUCUCCCUGCGUAUCCGUUAUCAAAUCGGUUGCAUCUCAGAAAUGAAAUUGUGUGUGACAUUAUUGAAUCGAGGCUUAAUUUGCUGUUGAAGAGCACUGAAAUUCUGACUGUACACCGAAGUAUAAUAGGUUUGAAAAUUCUCUGUGAUUUGGUCAACGAAGAUGGUUUUGAAUGCUUAAUGGUGUUAUUGCUAAAUGACUUGUAUGAUUUGGAAUACCUCAUCAGUACAGCAGAUGGGGUUCGACAGAGUGCUUUUCCUGUGUUAGAGUGUCUACAUCUUCAUGAGCUACAUAAUUUCAAAGGGAUUACUAGUCAUGAAUGCCGACUGCCGAACAAGGCUUUCAGUGCAUUGAAAGAGUUGACACUAAAUAACCUGCAUGAACUGACAAAUUUGUGGAAAGGUCCCACCCAACUUUUAUGGCUCGGCAACCUGAGGACUGUAGAUGUGUUAAAUUGUAAGAAACUGGAAAGUAUGUUCUCACUGUCCAUAGCUAGAGAUCUAGUGCAACUGCAGGUCCUUCAGAUUCGUAAAUGUUAUGUGAUGGAAGAAAUUGUUUCGAGUGAAGGAGGAGAGCAUGAAAUGGCAGCAAUAGCAACAGGUAAAAUCGAGUUUCCUAAACUGAAGGAAUUGCGUCUUCAAUUGCUGCCAAGUUUUACUGGUAUCUGCAAAGCGAUAAAUAAAAUUGAGGUGCCACAACUGAGUUCCUUGUCACUGUCAAAUAUACCAAAGCUGAAGCGUCUCUGGGCUGCUUCAGAUUCAGAGAGUAAUUGUGAUCCCAUCAUUCCACCCCUCUUCAACAAGGUCAAAUUGACUGCCAUUGAAGAAUUGAGCAUCUAUGACAUGGAGAAUCUGAUGGAGAUUUGGCCUGGACAACUUCAAGGUAAACUAAGAACGAUAAAAGUUGACAAAUGUCAUGGGCUCUCAAACAUUCUUUUCCUAUCCAAUUCAAUUAAGGGCAUGCAAAAUCUUGAACUACUUGAAGUACGUGACUGUCGAUCUAUUGGAGUAGCAUUUGACCUUGAAGGACUUGUUUGGGAAGGCAUAUUAGAUAUGCCACUCCCUUCAUUAAAAAAGGUGAAAUUAAGCUGUCUACCAAAGUUGACACAUGUUUGGAAGGACAAUUCAGCAAGAAUUCAAGGCUUUCAAAAUCUAAUAUCCUUAAUAGUAAAUGAUUGUGGCAGUUUAAGAAAUCUGUUCUCAUACUCUCUAGCCAAACUUCUUGUGAAACUACAAGAAAUAGAGGUAACUGAAUGUGGCAUGAUGGAAUCAAUCAUUGGAAGUGAACCAAAUGCAGAUGAUGCAGUGAUAACAAAUAUGAUCAUGUUUCCUCAACUGAGUAGUCUCAAACUCAGUGAUUUGCCAAACCUUAGGAGUUUCUGCUCCGAGGCUUGUACGUUUGAGGGAUCUUUGUUGAAAACAAUACAAGUAAUCAACUGUCCUAAAAUGAAGAUACUCCAAUCAACAUUUCAGCACAAGCUAGACCAACAAAGGGCAGACUUUUCAACCUCAUCUCAUCACCAUCUCUUGGAUGGAAAGUUUAUUUUCAAUGUCUGGUGUGUGUUCAACGUUGGAAAACUUACUAUCACAGACAUAAAUGGAUCAACAGAGAUGUGGCACAACCAACUUGAAGUUGACCGCCUGGACAAAGUGAGAUUCAUGUUGGUCCAAUGUUGUGAGACAUUAUCAAAUGUGAUCUCGUCAAAUUUAAUGCAAAGACUACGACGUCUAGAACGGCUGAAGGUAUGGUGGUGUGAUUCACUUGAAACAAUAUUCAACCUCCAAGGGUCGGUAUGCGCUAGUACUUACUUUCGAGAUUUGAAAUUGAUGUAUUUGCCCAAGUUGACGCAUAUAUGGAAGAAUGUUUCUCAACAAACUCAUUGUUUCAAAUAUCUAACAUCCCUAGAAGUGGAGAGGUGUGACAACCUGAGAUAUAUAUUCACAAUUUCCAUGGUCAAGGUCCUUGGGUAUCUAAAAUGUCUAAGAAUUGAAAAUUGUGAAAAAGUAGAAAAGAUUGUCACCAGGGAAGCAGAAGAAGAAGAAGAAAAAGAAGAAGACAAAGAUGAUGAAGAUGACGAUGACAAUGACGAUGACAACGAUAAUGAUGAAAGGGGCAAAAUCAAUAUUUUCAGUGCGGAACUUGAAAAUCUUCCUAGUCUCGUGUGUAUUGGAAUUCCAAAAUCCCAAAUUCGUAUCUCCAAAUUGCGUGUAGAUUUCUGCCCCAAGUAUCGAGGUUAUGAUGUGGAAGAGGAGUAAUAUUCACCAUUUGCUGCGGUGCAACGCCAAUCUCCUUUUAGCAGAAUGUAGAGGGUAUUAGUGUAAUUCACCUUAUUUCCUUUUAGAAGCUUAACACUCUGCUAAACCAUUUCAUUGUGUGAAGUAAAGGGUUGUAUUUUCUGUUCUUUGGUCGUUUACAGAAUUUGUUUCUGUGAAUUAGAGAAAUAGUUUUUAUUUUUUUUUAUUUUUUAUUUUUUAUUAGCUAAGAAAAAAUUGUAUUAAAGAGAGAAAUUUCCUUUGCAGUAUGUCCAAUUCUCCUAAAAUUGCUUGAGGGAUCCUGAACAAGGAUAAAUUAGUAGACUGUUAGGUUGGCCAAAUUUUAGACAGAAUUCAUCAAUUUUUCUUUUCAUAUAGUACAAUUUUCAUGUUACUAUAUACAAAAUUCAUUUCAUUGGCCAGGUAUGUUCAAAAUAAAUUGAUCUUACAUCAAAUACAAGAGUUUAUUUUUAUUCUCUAAUUUAAUGUAAGUUUAUCUUGUUCAAAUUAUGAUGAUUUAAUUAUCACAAAUAAUUCUCAAACCAAUAUGUUUGUACAAGUUAUUUCUUUUUUCUUCCCCAACAUCCUACCACCA